AUGUUUUUAAAAUCUCUUUUCAUUUCUCUGUUAGUCUUGAGGAUGGCAUCAAUGAGUGUAUGUCAGUUUGAUUUGAUUCGAAGUCUUCUUGGAAUCACACACAUCCAAGGAACGCUCUUUUGCUCUAUCGAUGGGAGUAUGAUCUAUGGAUUAAUGACCCCAACAUUUCCAAAUGCUGCGGUGCAAAUGCAAUGCGGAGCCGGAAUCGUAGUAUCGUCCGUCAAAACCGAUGCGACUGGCACUUUCUCCAUUCUCCUCGAUGCUCCUCAAUUGUUGCUCUCUUUUUUACUCACCAAUUGCAGUCUCGUCGUCACCACGCCGCUCGUCGACUGUAACACCGCCCUGCCGUCGUUCGGCGCCCUCGUCUCGCCGCUGCAGCUCGUCGGAAAUACCUUCCUUGGACUCUUCAAUGUCACCAACUUCAUUCCGGUAGCGUUCCGAUUCCUUCCGAUUCUUUAA